AUGGUUAACAUCCCAAAGACGCACAAGGCCGUAGCCACGCCCGCCAAGCGCGCGCCUCUCAUCCUCAUCGACCGUGAGACCAAGCUUCCCGGCGAGGGCGAGGUCCUCAUCCAGAACCAGUGGACUGCCUCGAGCCCCCUGGACCUCCACCGUGCUGACGGCGGCCUCCUCUGCAAUCACCCGGAAGUCAUGGGCAGCGGCGCGGCAGGCACCGUCGUCGCCGUUGGACCGGGUGUGGAUCGCCUCAAGGCAGGCGAUCAGAUCUUCACCUUUGCGUUCCACGACUUUAGCGAACGUGCCCACCAGGAUUUCGCAACCGUGCCGGAGUAUCUGGUCUCCAAGCUGCCGCCUAACAUUACGCCUCAAGAGGCCGUGACGGUGCCGACGAACCUAAUCACGGUGUUCCACGCUGCGACGGCGGACCUGGGGUUGGAGUUGCCGUGGCCGAGGCCGGAGGGCUGGGAGCCCAAGCAGAAGGACGAUGCGGUGCUAGUCUGGGGUGCGGCGAGCAGUGUGGGCGAGUAUGCUGUGCAGGUGUUGCGACAUUGGGGGUACCGGAACGUGUUGGCCGUGGCGAGCGAGAAGCACCAUGCUUACCUCAAGGAGAUUGGUGCCAAGGAGACGUUCAGUUACCGUGACGCUGACGUCGUGGACAAGAUUCUAAAGUUUGUCGGCGAGGAGGGCGUGCCAUUUGUGCUGGAUUGCAUCGGCUCCGUCGAAGGCACGCUGAGGCCGUUGACGAAGAUUGCGCGCAAGGGGACAAAGGUCGCCAUCAUGCUUCCGGUCAUCAUCCGGGAUGCGACGGAAGAGGUCGAGCCCGAGUAUGAGAUGGAUGUGAACCGGGUCCUCGUCGGCGAGUGGGCUGAUGGCGUCGAGCUGCGCGGAGUGAGAACGCAUUUCUACCUGGCGAACGAGUUCUUCAAGGAGAAGAUGCAGAGGGAGAUUGUGCCCACGCUCCUGGAGCAAGGCAUCAUCAAACCGAACAAGCAGAAGAUCGUCGAGGGUGCCACGAUGCUCGAGCGGGCACAAAAAGCGAUUGAGUUGCUGAGGAAGAAGGACCCCAGCGGCGAGCGUCUUGUGUGGAAGGUGUCGGAUCUGAAGCUGUAA